UGGGAGUGUGCAGACGUCUUGACGUCGCGUUUAUAUUUGUAGUUCCUACACUGCUGACUUGUCAGCAUUAAGUCUACUAAAAGCUGUCACUCGGAUUACGGAUCGGCUUUUAAUUAAAAAAAAACUUGGCUAUCUGUCUGCCUUUUCAUCAGUGUGACGACUGCUCCGCUCGUGCUGGCCAACGAGGAACCAGGCACUGGACCAAAGGACUAAAGGUUGUGCUACUGAGUUAAGUUAGCUAGCCAACUAGCUACAGCUAGAAGCUAGUCAGUCUGACGACUAGCUAAGUAACACUGCUAGCCAGCAGCGUUAGCAAGUUACCCUGUCAACUACCCUCCUAGCCUGCCAGCUGUCCUCCCAGGCCAGGAAGAGUCCACUCCUCCGUUAUAGACUUCGGGACGAAACACGGAAACGUCCCAGGAGGAUGGAGAGCCAGGGGUCCAGUGAGGUGCUGGUGUCCAGCAGAAAGAGGAGGAGAGAGAGGGAGAGCUCCUACUGUGAGUCCGAGGACUCGGAGAAGCCUGGAAAAGUCCCCAGAUGCACUGUGGGGCUGAAGCAGCCGGCUCCGUUUGCAGAUGAGCUUGUGCCCACUAAAGCGCCUUACCUCAGAGUGAACAUGGAGACGGCAAAGAGAGGAACCCCCCCUGAUAGGCCGGUGCGGGUCUAUGCCGAUGGCAUCUUUGACGUCUUCCACUCUGGUCACGCCAGAGCGCUCAUGCAGGCCAAAUGCCUGUUCCCCAACACACACCUCAUCGUCGGUGUGUGCAGCGACGACCUGACCCACCAGUUCAAGGGCUUCACGGUGAUGAACGAGGACGAGCGCUACGACGCCAUCAGCCACUGCCGCUACGUGGACGAGGUGGUGCGCAACGCCCCCUGGAGCAUCUCGCCCGAGUACCUGGCCAAGCACCGGAUUGACUUUGUGGCCCAUGACGACAUCCCCUACUCCUCGGCCGGCAGCGAUGAUGUCUACAAGCACAUUAAGGAGGCUGGCAUGUUCGCCCCCACCCAGCGCACCGAGGGGAUCUCCACCUCCGACAUCAUCACGCGCAUCGUGCGUGACUACGACGUGUACGUGAGACGCAACCUGCAGCGGGGCUACACCGCCAAGGAGCUCAACGUCAGCUUCAUCAACGAGAAGAAGUACCACCUACAGGAGCGUGUGGACAAGGUGAAGCGGAAGGUGCGCGACGUGGAGGAGAAGAGCAAGGAGUUUGUCCAGAAGGUGGAGGAGAAGAGCAUCGACCUCAUCCAGAAGUGGGAGGAGAAGUCCAGGGAGUUCAUCGGCAACUUCCUGCAGAUGUUUGGCCCCGAGGGAGCUCUGAAGCACAUGCUGAAGGAGGGCAAGGGCCGCAUGCUGCAGGCCAUCAGCCCCCGCCAGAGCCCCAACAGCAGCCCCGCCCGCGAGGAGGAACGCUCCCCCUCCCCCACCUUCCGCCUGCCCUUCUUCAACAAGACGUCCCCCCCGCCCUCGCCGCCGCACCACAGCGCCGCCCGCAGCUACCCCAUCAGCGAGGACGACGACGAAGACGACGAAGACUAGGUCGCGAGCGUCUGAAGGAUGUCUAGAAGACGUGUUGUUCCGACGGGAAGAGGGGCUUGUGUGCGGGCGUCUGCACAGCUCUGUCUUAGCAUACCAGUAGCAGCGGUCGGUCUCUCUUUCUUAUCGUUAGCUCUUCCUUUUGAUCCCCACUUGUUACAGCGGUUUUUGUUUAUUCUCUCACAAUGUCGGUUGCACGUUGACCGCUCACUGUAAUCAGCCACUUGUGCAGCACUUCUUCUCCUUCUUUCUUUGCCCGUCAAUUUCUAAGCGUGUUCCUUUUCAAUGUGAUCAAGGUCAGUUUUAAAAUGCAAUAUCUGGUGCCCUUUUGCUACUCGGAGGCAGUCAUCCCCUAUCUUGUCCUUUAGUCCCUUUUGGAUAUUUUUUGUUUAUAUUUUUAGUUACUGUCACUUAAUGAAUAUGUACACCUUGUUCUUCACCUUGGUUUUCCAAUGGUUAUGAAGAGUUUCUCAGUAUUUCUAUGUGGUUGUUUGGCUAGCAUUGCUGCACGGUGGGUGGAAUCACUACGGUGUCGGGUUUGAUUGGAAGAAUAGGUUUGCCCUACAACACUACAUAACAUAAUCCAGUUGUUAAAAGGUGAAGGGCUUGUUAUCUGCGUACACUAACUGAAACUAAUCCAAUCGGCGUUCUUUGUUCGUUCUUCAUCCAACAUGUAUGUUUAUAUGAUCUGAGAAAAUUCGGCCUAUUGCUUAUUUUUCAGUCUUUUUUUUUUAAUUCGGGAAAGAGAAAUGUUUUUUCAAAACCCCUUUCCCCCCCCUUCUAAAAAAGGUGUGAGCAUGCAUGGGCCGUGCACAGUUCUGUGUGCAUGUGCAUGUUAUGUUUGAGUGUGCAUUUAACUGCAAAGCUCUUAGGUGGGCAUGUUUUAACCUGUUGUCCCAUUGUGUUGACCCCUCUGUCCACUGACACGAUCUGGCUGUGCUCAGUGUCGGAUAAUAAAUCAAUAACUGAUUUAAAAUCAAUAACCUGUUGCGGGUUGCACCGCUGUUCUUUCUGUGGAGGAGUUUACGGAUCUCGUUCUUUUGAGAUGAAUCUUGAAACAUUGAGCACAAAUAUCGUAAUCAGUUGAUUUUUAUAGUUCGCUGUCUGCUUUUUGUGGAUGACAGAGAACCCAAGGCACCCUAGAAACUGAUUUCAAUGAAGUCAUCAGAUGUUAACAAGGCUCCAGGGUUUUGUUUAACCAGCUUGAUGCAGAUCACAACCAUCCUUUAUUCAAAGGUUGAAUUCAAAUAUGGAUUCCGUUUUGGGAUACCAAAUACAAUACCCAGUUUCAGAUACUACAACUGGGUAUUGAACAUGUAAGAUUUGCAUGUUACACAUAAUUCUCAAUUCAGAAUAUUAGGAACAGUACAUAAUUGAAUGUGUCCCAAAACUUCAAGCUAUUCCCAAAAAAAUAUGUCGACAUCCUUAAAUUUUGAACGUGAAGACAUUGCCCACAAUGAGCAUUAUAUUUAUCGAUGUUUAUAUAAUUCUCCAUUUGUGGAGUUGGAUCCAACUUGUGUCAAGUAUUGUCAUUUUUAAGGUGAGCAUGAGUUGUUCUGUACCCUUGAUAAACUGAAGCCAUCAAAGCCAUUUCUUUCUAAUUGUUUCACAGCCUUGCCCAAAACUGACCACCUGCAUAUUUUACUGUUGUAAAGCAAUAGCGCUGCUUUGGUUAUUCUAACAGGCUAGAGGAACAAGUACUAGUGUGAUGAAUCCACUGAUGUCUUUUGGGAAUCUGUACAUUGGAAUUGUUCUGGGGGUUACCAGAAAGUGUACAUGGGUUAGUGAAAAGCCAGUACUACAAAGACAAAAAUGUACAAUUCUAACACUCUUACUGCCAUUAUUUUUGUUGUUCUGAAUGUGCAGAAAGUUACAAAUAUAUAUAAAAAUGUUGACCAAAGAAAUUGUCAUUUUAUCUUCUAUCCUUGGUGGGCAAUUGUGGUUCAUAAAGUUAUGUUUACUAAUGCAACAUUAUAGUUCAGUUUCCUGUAUUCUAACAGCACUCAAUUGUGGUUCAUAAAGUUAUGUUUACUAAUGCUAGAUUAUAGUUCAGUUUCCUGUAUUCUAACAGCACUCAAUUGUAUUAACCAUGAGAGAAAGUUGACAUCCAUAGCUUUUAUAGCACCACACUCAAUCAUGACAGUCCAAUAAACACUGCAAUAUAGUG